AUGGUUCCGCCUGAGGACCAACGCGAGGCGACGUAUAACCAUCUGUCCGUCGUUACCCAUUGGGAGGGGAUUCUGUCGCACUCCACGCAGGACUGGGAACGGUCUCGGGCUGGAGGCCGUGGGACGUCAUUCGCGAACUACCCAACGGCAAGCCUUUUGAUUGGGCCACGUCUCACGCAGCCCCGAUACAUGGCUCCGGACGGCGAGCAAUAG